AUGGCGAAUGAAUCCUCUAGCAUCGACAGCAGCAACGGAACGACGGCCUCACUGGCGGAUUCGUACAUUGGAAGUUUUAUUAGCCUGACUUCGAAGUAUGAGAUCCGAUACGAGGGUAUUCUCUACCACCUCAACCCCCAAGACUCCACCCUCGGCCUAAAAAGCGUGUGGUCUUAUGGAACUGAGGGAAGAAAGAAAGAUGGCCCACAAGUUCCUCCGAGCGACAAAGUCUAUGAAUACAUUUUGUUUCGUGGAAGUGAUAUUAAGGAUUUACAAGUGAAGGCCUCUCGACCAGCUGAAGUACAGGAGCCAUUACAAAGUGACCCAGCAAUUAUUCAGUCAAAAUAUGCUGCUGGACCUUCAAACUUAUCGAGACCAGUAUCAGAUGCUAGUGGAUCUAUAGUAGAAGCCAGCUCUUACAAUGAACCCUCGGCUUUGAACACAAGUUCUGACCUCAGCAGAUCUCCUCCAAAUCCUUCUGGAAAUCAGAUGGAGCUAUGGGGUCCUUCUCAGGCUGCUCGAAGUUUUGGUAUGACACCUUAUGAUUUGCGAAAUCACUGGCAAGGAUAUAAUGGAUCAGCAGGAAGUACUCCUUAUGCUCAGCAGCAUUCUGUUUCAUCCGCCAGAAUACCAUAUCCAGUGCAGAAUUUAUUGGAGGCUUCUGGUUCCCUGGCACGUACAACCAUGGCAGCCACAAAUGUAUAUGAUAACGUUUCUCUCAGUCCUUCAUUUGCUGCAUCCAAUUCUAUAUAUUCAAAUUUCAAACCUACUCUUACUUCUCUGCAACAUCCUACAUCUCCUACCAAUUCACUUUCCUCAUUGCCCCUGGAGUCAUCACUGCCCUCCCAUCAAACUGCAGGUUUGAAUUCAAAUAGAUUGACCAUGCCUUCAUUUUCCCUAGCUUCCCAGCAUGUGAGCAAUAUGGAAGCUUCACUCGGUUAUAACAUAGUUCCUGAACCUGUAACAUUGCUUCCAAUUCAAGGUUUGCUUCCUUCCACAUCUUUUGUUCUAGAUUCAACAUCAGACCCCUUGUUGAAGCAACCACCAGCUCUGGUAACUCCAAAUCAAUUGUCACAGCCCAGACUAUCCGAAAUUUCUCAGAUGCCAAAGUUAUACCCAGAUCAGAAAGAUGUGCAUAUUAUGGGUUCAAUUUCUUUGAAUUCCCUAUCCUCUGUCACUACUCCAGCAGUUCAACAACCUCUGUUACCAUUGCCACCCUCUGCUCAACAGUCGCAACACCUUUCCCAAUUCACUGAAGAAUUUGACUUUGAAGCCAUGAAUGAAAGGUUUAAAAAAGAUGAGGUGUGGGGUUAUCUUGGAAAAGUGAACAAGAGAGACAACAUAGAGGGGAUCCAGCAUAAUUUGCUAUAUGAACAAAAUCCAGGGGACGAAGAUCACUCUGGUUUGGUCUCCACUGGUGAUCCCAAGCCUGCAUAUAACAAAGAUGAUUUCUUCGAUACAAUAUCUUGUAACCGUAUUAAUCACGGAGCUAGGAACAGAUAUAACCAAUUUUCCGAGCGAACGAAACAGGACAAUGAGACCUUUAGCAAUUUUCAACAGAGAUCUCAUUCAGGUUAUAGUGGCGGCUAUGCUGGUCGACGCGGUGACUAUCAUGGUUCAUAUAACUGGGGUAGGGGGUAUAACCACAGUGGACAAGGCCGAGGUGGUUACACGAGGAGAUGA